AUGAAGGAAAAGCUAGCUAUUCGAGUGGCCCUUCUCCUAUCAUUUCUUGUUCUAGUCACCAAAGGAAAAACUAUAAGAAAUACAGAGCUCGGACAAGAUAAUACUGAGGAGACGUCAAACCAGAUAAAAGGAGGAGAUGUCUAUGACUGUAUUGAUGUAAAUGCACAACCCUCUCUUAGCCACCCACUGUUGAAAGGCCAUGAAAUCCAGGCGGCAGGAGUCCAGUACCAUGAUGAUGUAUAUGGUGCAAGUGCUUCAUUAAAUGUUUGGGAGCCAAAGGUGAACAAAGAUAGUAAUGAUCUUAGUGCAACAUGGAUACAUAUUAAUAAUGGAGGAGGAGAACACACGGACAGCAUAGGUGCUGGUAUUGAAGUAAAUCCAAGCUUUAGUGGUGACACCUUUGUUAGGUUUCAUGUUGCUUGGGCUGAUGGCCUAUACAAAAAGUCGUGCAUUGAUCACAGCUGCCGUGGUUUCGUGCUAGUCAGCCAAAGGUUUGGUCUUGGAUCAAGAUUAGAACAUGUUUCCGUUGUUGAUGGAACACAGUGGGGCCUAAGAGUCCGUAUUUUCAAGGACCCAAAGACGAAGAACUGGUGGGUCACGUGCGGUCAACAUAACAGGGCAGUUGGAUAUUGGCCAAGUGCACUGUUCAGCUUUAUUAGCGACAAGGGAAAUUUCGCGUUCUGGGGAGGAAUUGUUCAGGGGCCGACCGCCUCGUCAAAUGGUCCGCAGAUGGGCAGCGGACAUUUCGCUUCCGAGGGAUUUCAAAGGGCAGCCUACAUAAGGGAGCUCCAAAUCUUGGACGAGGAGCACGACGCGUAUGUUACCCCGAAAGAUAACUUCAAAGUUGACCAUGGCACGACCAACUCCACCUUAUAUACCGUCGACAAGUUUUAUGUUGAUACGCCUGGUAUAAGUAUCUACUAUGGUGGACCAGGACACCAGGUUUCGUAGCGUGAGAAUGUACUGGUCAACAAGGA